UAAUUCAUUAAUUUUUGACAAUUCGACAUAUAAAUCAAAAAUACUGUGUAUGGAGUCAUUUUAUGACCGGCUUUCAUAAAGUUAUCGAUUACGUUUUUAGUUCUUCUGAGCUUAUGAAAAAUUUUGCUAAUAAUGUUGCACGGAAUGAUUCCUGCCGCCUUUUUCGCGACGCUACUACGAAGAUACCUGGAUAGUCUUUCAGAAUGUUCCGAAUAUACAACCCCUCCUCCGUCCAGUGUUGGUUGUCUGGGAACCUCUGCAGCGAUUGCAACUGUUGGUAUGGCGAUAUAUGGUCUAUCUCGUCUUUCUAAAAAGAAAGUACAACUCCAGGUACCGGAAAACAAUGAAAUGAUCAGGCCUCCGACUCCUCAAAAGAAAGAGCCUAGUUUGCGCGUGAAUAGAAAACCAACUCCUAAGAAAGUUACAAGAAGACCGCACAGAAAGGGUAAGAAGUGGUUCAUGAAACACAUGAGACACUAUAAAUCAAAAUACGGACGUCAGAUCGGUAAAUUCAUGAAUCAGAUCUUGGGUGUGCCAUUUACUGAACCUUCCAUAACAGAACCCUUGGAUCUGGGUGGGUCUGACGAAGAUGACUGCGAAGAAGAUUCAUCUGAGGUUUUCGACAUUUCAUCAUAUAACGAGGAUACCGAUGAUCGAUGCGCUAUUGCAAAUAAAACUUUCAUCGAGGAAAACAAGAUGACACCGCCCAAAGAGCUUUUUGAUGAUAACUACGAAGACAUGAAUAAUGAACCUGACACACACGCUGAUACUGUUAGAAAAAAAAACAGUUCCUUGGACUUGAAGGACCUUCUGAGGGAUAAUUUCGAGAUGCAGAAAAAGAGACGAAACGAAAGAAGGGAAUCUUCUGGAAGCUUCCAAAGCCGAUCUUCAACAGGAAGUUACCUCUCGAGAUGUAGUGAAGACACUUUGAUCCGCCAUAGCAGAUCAUCAUCUAAAAAAAACAUUUUGUCAUCCAAAAGGAGCAGAUCGUCUAGUAGAUCAAGAUCAAAAAAGAGCAGUAAAAGAUUCAAGAGCAAAAGGCAACGAUCAACCAGUAUACCGAGAAAGACGAGAAGCGGAAGAUGCUACAACAAUUCCAUUUCAUGAUGUACUAAGGUCAAUAUAGAAUCCUAAAGUGGA